AUGCCGCCACCGGAUAGGUACGCUGAGAUGUCCCUGGAAGAGCUUCAUGAAGAGGCCUGCGGAUACCGGCUUACAAAUAUACCGGAUGAUAGGACGAGGUGCAUCGAGCUUCUGAUGGCUCAUCUAAAGACGAAUGGCCCGUUGCGGGAAAUGCAGCAUUCUUCAAAUACUGCCGUUGGUGAAGAGGAGCAACCGACUUUAUCUACCCCAGGCAGUCCAAGGUCGGAACAAUCUAAUCAAUAUUACACAAUUAAAAGGGGAACAAAGGUCAAUGAAAACACUCUCGAUCAUCUUUGUACCGCAUUAACUCAACAGCUUAAGUUGCAGAAUGAGUCGAUGAAGCAACAACAGCAGUUAUUUCAGCAAAUGCUAGCUGCCCUGUCUGUCAAUCAAGGACAAAUGUCUCAGCCGUCACAACCAGUGGUAACUCCUUCAUUUGCCAGCACCCAGGAUCGGCCCUAUUUGAGGGAUGUCAUGGGAGCCGAGGGUUCUACCGCACCAGCAGGCAAUUCAGUUAAAUUCCUAUCAUCACAGAUCCCCACCUUCGGUGCCUCUGAAGAGGAGGACGUUGAACUGUGGAUUGAGAAGAUCGAGAGCGUUGCCGAGAUUCACAGGCUCUCGUCAGUGGUGAUGCUGUCUGCUGCAGCCGUCAAGCUCACAAAGUCGGCACGGCGUUGGUUUGAUUUGAGUUCUGGCGAAGUGAAUCGGUCAUGGCUUUGUUUCAGAGCCGCCAUUACAGAUCGUUUUAAGAAGAAAAUCCUUUACGACGUGGUCAGGAAGAGGGCAGAAGCUCGUAAAUGGAAUCCCAUAUCAGAAUCCUUCCAGGACUAUUCAAUGGAGAAACUGGCUCUCAUGCGAAAUUUGAAACUGGAAGAUGGGGAUGCCAUUCAGCUGUUGAUCAGUGGUAUCAAUGACAUUUAUGUCAAGUGCAUUGCGUCUUCUUUAAGGGUGGACUCUCUUAAUCAGUUCCUCAGAGAGAUGCAGCAUAUCACCGGAUACUGUGGUGAUUCUUUCAAAAGAGUUGCCCCUGUGAACAAGUUUGAAAAGUUCAAGGAGGGCAAUCCCAAAUUCACCAAGACUGGCGAUUCAAAUAGUACAUCUGCGAAGGGUGCUCUACAAUUGAAGACGGGGAAAGCUGAGCUCCACUGCGUUUACUGCAGGGGCAAGGAUCAUAUACGGAAUGAUUGCCCGAAGCUGAAGAAGAAGGAGGCAAAGGCAUCCCAUCCUACGAACCAGCCUACUUCCGUUGCAGCCGUCGAGUCUCUGACUGACGUGAGUUCAGAGAUUGCCUGCGUUCAGGGUAACAUUGUAAAAAAGUCUUUCGCCGACCCCGUGGUCAAAGUUGUUAAAUUAGAUACACGCGUCUGUGAUAACUCAGCGUUAGUGGACACAGGAAGUCCGAUCUCUUUUAUCAAUGCUUCCGUAUUUAGUAAAUUUUCUAAAUCUCGCGAUGUUUCUUUGAAAACUCCAGGUAGAUGUUAUAAAACACUUAACGGUCAAGUUAUAAGUAUUUUAGGUAUCUGGUCUACCAGCAUCAUUUUCAAGGACUUGCCUACUCUGUUGGCUAGUAUCGACUUACACGUUUUAAAAAAUGAUGCCUUUUCGGCGGAUCUCAUUAUUGGUCGCGAUUUUCUCUCUAAAUAUGAGAUUGAUGUGUCAAUUAGAACCAAAGAAGAAAAAGUUAAAGUCGAGUUAUUCUCGGAAAUUGCUUUUAUUGAUAGCGUGGAGGAAUCCACUGUUCCUAACGUCCUUUUGAAUUUGCGAGCGGAUUUGGACCAGAUCACCUAUAAAAAAUUAGUAUCUACAUUACAAGAAGUAGAAAACAUUGAAGUAACUCCACCGCAGCAGGAUUAUUUCGUAACCAUUUCAUUAAAAGACGAUUCCGUUUUUGCAUAUGCUCCUAGACGUUUUGCGUGGGCGGAACGCAUAAAGAUAAGAGAGAUCACGGAUGACCUACUCGAUCGCGGUAUUAUUAAACCUAGCACCUCUCCCUAUUGCGCUAGGGUGGUGCCCGUUAGAAAGAAAAACGGCACUAUAAGACUGUGCGUAGAUUUACGUCCGCUCAAUAGCAGAGUGGUUAAACAGAAGUAUCCGUUUCCGUUGAUAGAGGACUGUUUAUCCCGAUUGAGUGACAGAUCAAUUUUCACGUUGUUGGACCUCAAGGAUGGUUUUUAUAAUAUUAAGUUGCAUCCGGAUGUUACCAAGUAUUUUGCUUUUGCCACACCAGACGGGCAGUUCGAGUAUACUAGGUUGCCCUUUGGAUAUUGUGAGGCGCCUGCAGAAUUUCAAAAGCGUCUAAUCCAGAUUUUGCGUCCAUUGAUUAAAGACGAUAAAAUCAUCGUAUACAUAGAUGAUAUUCUGAUACCAUCCUUUUCCAUUGCUGAAAAUCUAUCUACACUCAAACUAGUUCUUAUCGAACUUAAAAGAGAGGGUAAAAAAAUGGCGCAUGUGGAUGCGCUUAGUCGCGUUGUCAAUUUAGUUGAGGCUCUGCCACUCGAAAAAGAGUUAGAAUACAGACAAUUGCAAGACCCCCGAUUGAAAUUUUUAGCUAGAGAUUUAGAAUUCGAAAGUCACGAGAAGUUCGACUUAAUUGAAGGUCUUGUUUUUAGAAAGGGUCCAGAUAAACCCCGAUUCGUGAUUCCUGAGUCAAUGAUCAUGAACAUUUUACGCAUAUCACGAUGA